AUGUACGUCUGUUCUGGUCCUAACACCAUUUGCCUUUAUCCUCCCAUUCACUCUCCCCUAUCCCCAAAACUCAGAGAUCAUCAGAUUUUUUUUUCACACAGGGCAGAGAGAAAGACAGACGCGGAACGGUUUUGGUUCUUUAUCUCUAGCUUCAUCUGCCUCUGGCUCUCAGGCAUCCAUUAUACCGUUCACUCUCUUGUUCGGCUUUCUUUCUUUCUUUCUUUCUUUCUUUCUUUCUUUCUUUCUUUCUUUGUCAUUUAUAAUCACAUUCAAUCCCUUACUUUAAGAUCGCGUUUCAUCCUUGCUUUCUUUAUCUUUUCUUACUUUCUUUUCUUUUUUACUUCCUUUUGUUUCUUUUGCUUUUUCCUUUCAUUAUCAUUAUUUCUUUCAUUCUCUUUUUCUUUCUUUCUUUCUUUCUUUCUUUCUUUCUUUCUUUGUAAUUUCAUUUUCUUUCCUUUCUUUCUUUUAAUUCCAUUAUCAUUUCUUUCUUUCUUUCUUUCUUUCUUUCUUUCUUUCUUUCUUUCUUUCUUUCUUUGUAAUUUCAUUUUCUUUCCUUUCUUUCUUUUAAUUCCAUUAUCAUUUCUUUCUUUCUUUCUUUAUUACGUUUUACCUUUGCUUUCUUUAUCUUUUCUUACUUUCGUUUUCUUUUCUUCUUUUCUUUUUUUUCUUUCAUUUUCUUUCUUUCUUUCUUUCUUUCUUUCUUUCUUUCUUUCUUUCUUUCUUUCUUUCUUUCUUUCUUAUUCUUUUAUAAUCACCUUCAAUCCCUAA